AUGGCCUCGAAUCAGGACAAGAAAAGUGGCUUGAUGUCCCACGCAAUUGCCCGGCUCUACAAGCAGCGUCUGGAGGAAGUGGAAAGCUUUGGUCUCGGGAAGCGAGGCUGGAAUGGUGUUGUUGGCGGUGGUGUUGGCGGUGGUACGGACGGUGGUGUUGGCGGUAGUGUUGGUGGUGGUACGGACGGUGGUGUUGGCGGUAGUGUUGGCGGUGGUACGGACGGUGGUGUUGGCGGUGGUGUUGGCGGCGCGCUUACCCAUAACCUUCCGAACGGAAAUGGACGAUGUGGUAUAAGUGUAGGUGGUGGUGGUGGUGGUGGUGGCUGUGGUGGUGGUGCUGGUUGUGGUGCUGGUAGUGGUGGCUGUGAAGGAGGCUGUGGAGGUGGCGCUGGUACAACACUGCGGCAGCCAAUAUGCCGCACUGUACCGAACAGUUCCACUGGAGUUCUUCCGGAUUCAUGCGCUACGUAA